AGCAUUAGCCCGAGGUGGUACAAAUUCAGUGUGGCUCCCUCUUGAAAUCUAGUAAAAAUCUUAGUUUUUCUCUCUAAGAACAUUUAGCUAUUGAAUACUAUUGAAGAAAGACUUCUUAAAACUAUAGACAUGCGGAAGUUUACUUACAAGAUGUAACCUGUUAGAUACGAAUGUGAGAAUGACGCAGAAAAGUUGAAUUUCCGGGUUAAAUUUGCAAGACGCUGCUAAAACAAGAGCUAUUAUAAUGGCUACCAGAUCACAGCACAAUUGGAUAUCAACUAUAGGGAUAUUUGUGCUCGUCAUGAUCAUCUCUUGUACUGCUAGUGGUGUAGAAGACCUAAAGAACCACGUGUACUUUUCGCAUCAGUUUAACUGCUCAAGAUAUACGUUUUUUUACUUGCAACUAAUGAAGUGGCAGCAAAGUAAGGAAGCUUGUGAAAAUGACAAUGGUACUCUAGUGUGCAUAGAGACCAAGGAAGAGUGGAGGUUCAUAACCAGUAAGAUAACUUCAACGCAAAUUGAAUGGUAUGUUGGUCUGAGAAAUGUUGACAAUCACUGGAAAUGGGUGAAUGGUCAACCAUUGAAGUGGACGACGACAGGAGCAUGGCCUUGGCAUAGCGGUCAACCAAGUGACGGAAGAAAAUAUGUAAAAAUGUAUAACAAAAACGGAGAAAAACUUUUUGAUGAUGUUAGUGGUUUAAGACCACUAGGUUACAUAUGUGAAUACAAAAAUGAAGAUUCUCAGAAAUGUAAAAUGAAAGCAUCAACAACAAAGUCUGCGACUAAAACAACGAUAGGAACUCAAAGGACAACAAACAAGCGGACAUCAAUAACUCACCGCGCAUCAACAGUGAAGACAACAUCGACAACCCAAGCAACGCAAACAACGCCAAGAGCUUCUAUAACAACUAAGACAACAUCGACUAUCCCAAAACCUAUGAGAGCAACAACAAGGACAUCAACUUUCAAACCAUCUAAAACGGUAACUAGUCAGACUAGUCAGACUGCUCAGGGCAAUUCAGGCGGUGCUUCUACACAACGAAAUACUAAACAAAUAUACGCACCAUCAUCGACGAAAACAUCGCCUAAUGGAAAACCGUCAACAACCAGUCGAAAACCGACAGCGAAGAUAUCAGAUACGCAGAUCCAAAAAGGUGAAUUUCCAAUUACAUACCUCGCCAUUGCGCUUGCUGUGCUCCUACUGUUCUUAAUCUGUAUGUUGGUAGCGAUAUACUGCUGGAGAAAAAGGACGAAAGAUAAAGGUGGUUCUGGGGAAGAUGGAAUUCAAUCUCCAACGACAGACGUUAGUGAAAUCAUGAAAAGCAACUCCUUCGUGGCGUUUAAGAUGGUCCACAACAAUAUAGGUGAUGGAAAACAACCAGGUGCUAAACUUACUAACGACUCUACACUAACAGACGGUACAUAUGCGGAAAUCAAGCGAAGCACAUCUGUUAGCACACCGCCUGGACAAGCUGUAAAUAUGAACGAAAACUCGACAAGUUCUCCUUCACAAGAUGUAGAAGUUGUCUACGCAGCGGUUGAUAAAUCAGCGAAGAAGAAGGGAACCCAAGAGCCACAAGUCACUUAUGCAGACCUGGCAUCAUUCAACAAUAAUGAGGAGACCGUUGUCAAUAUGCCACCACCCUACCAGCCUGUCCAAUAUGCUGAGAUUAUCGGCACCAAGACGUCCAAAAGAAAAUAACUAAUUCAUCAAUAUGGCUUGAAGGGGAUAAAAAUGUGCAACCGCUGUACACUUUUUCCAUGCUUCGAAAUAUUCUUUGAAAAAAUAAUACCGCUAUUAGAACAUAUCUUAAAGUUUACGCAUUAAGUGAAAAAAUUUCCUCAAAAAUGAAAAAAAUAAGGGACACUAUUUUUUAUUGAGUCCGUAGCACCAAACGCUUUUGAAUUCAAUCUGACAUGUAUUUAAUUCAAUGCUUAUUCAUGACUUGUUUUUAAUGGAGCAGAGUAACGUGAACCAUGAAAUAGAAACUAAAUACUUAGUAAGCAAUAGGCAGUAUUUAUAAGACACUAUCACUGAACCAGAACAGUACAAAGAGACUACUUUGAUUGUUAUAGUGGUCUCUUGGCUUUUGGUAAAUAAACUGUUCUGGUUCAAUACUAACGACUAUAAGGAACUAAUAUAGUGCAUAUUAAUUAGUACUUUUUAGUUUUUAUUUCAUGGUUCAUGUGACUCUGCUCUAUAAGCUUUGCAACUAACGCGCGCAAAAAAAGAAAAAAAAUGACCUGAUAUAAUUGCAUGAAGUUACAGGGAAAAAAAACAUUAGAACAGCAUGUAAAAUUCAUAGUUCCCGUUAGAAACUAAACUCAAUCGAUGAUUGUAAUAGCAACAGCGAUAGCAGAGACAAAUUACUGUUUCAUUCUCCAUUUAUUGACCAAUCUCAGAAUACCUCAACGUCCUCUAAUCUGCCAUGCCAGUAUUUGUAAAUUUUCAGGUUUAAUGACCCAUCGCUCAUUCAUCGCUACCAUGUUGAAUAAAAUAAUCCUAAAUAAUUGUCCUUGAUAAAAUCUGUAAUAUAUAUUUACAGUUUUACAAUGAUACUGUCAUAAAAGUGACAUAUUGACACAAAAUACACCAGAAUAACAGAUA